AUUUAUUUUAUGAUUAUUAUGAUUAUUAUUAUCAUCAUCCUCUAACCAUGUGGUGUUAGGGUCAAAUUUAUAGACCCCCAAAGUCUCCCUUUUAUCCAAAAUGAUAGAAGGAGAUGGUACCUUAAUACCCAGAAGGGUAAACUAGAAACAAAUCAGGUUUCCUUUCACCCUAGGAUAACACCCAUAUCUCUGAACAGCAUCAGAUCAGAUAUAAAACAUUUUCACUGAAAAUAGGAUACUUUUCCAGUGUUCAGGAGGGAAAUCUUAUCUCCAAUUAAAUGUGUAUUUCUGCCAGGAGAAGAAGCUGGGAAGAAGCUGAAGGUUGUAGACUGUAACUGGUCUGUAGGCUGGAGUUUCCCCAUUACUAUUAUAGGCUAAUAUACCUCUUGCAGAGCAGAAAAACAAUUGCUGUAACAUUAGCUGUGGAAAAGGAAGUGGAAAAUCAUGUCUCUUCUUACAAUUUUGUCACGGCGAUGCUGUGCAGGCAGUACUAAGAUUGGCAGGUUGCUGGCCGAGAUACAGCCUUAAAAGUUUCCCGCCUAAGUAGUCAAGGUCCAUAGUGCCCAAUGAUGGCCCAAUCAGUCUGGCACUUGAGAGGAGAUACUUUUCACUGAGGGUCAUUUUAUACAUUAUUUGCUCCCAUUUCACAACACAGCAGAAUGAAGCAGUUGCUUAGCACAGGGCUGGCAGAAGCUAAAGGGAUUUCCCAAUGCUUCCUAUUGCUUCAGACUCCUUUUUACUUACAUAUCGAUAAUCGAGAUAACCAUCAAUCUUUACCUGACUCACAUGGAAUUUUGAAAAAAGUGAAAGUUUCAAAUGUAUCCAUGCACAGCUGACUGCCACAUAACAAAUGCUAAUACCUGGAGAAAUUACUUUUUGGAGUACAAAGUGGUUGAUUCUGUGAAUUGUUUCAAGAAAGUACAUUUUCCACACUCAGCAAAUACCCCCUCCAGUGCUGAAGAUAUGAUCGGUACAUUAUGUUCCAGGUCCCAUUGUUGAUACCUGAAACCACAGAUAAUAGUGAACUCUAUAUUUUGACUAUACCUGAUCUGGAAGUAUACCAUAAAAUUGCAAUGGAGGAUCUAUCUAUCUAUCUAUGGAGGAUCUAUCCAUCUAUCUAUCUAUCUAUCUAUCUAUCUAUCUAUCUAUCUAUCUAUCUAUCUAUCUAUCUAUCUAUCUAUCUAUCUAUCUAUCUAUCUAUAUCUAUAUCUCCAGUCAUGAUUCCUGUGGAAAAUGGGAAUUAUGGUCCAAGGACAACAAACUGGAGAGUGAUCUAAUCAGUAAAAAUCUUGAUAAUUUGAGUGAAACAUGUGUAAUGUACAGAAAAUAAUAAUGUGUUCAUCGUGUCCCCAAGUGUAACCUUCUCAGUUGGAGAUCUAGCUCUCUAUACUUGUGGCCCCUUCCACACAGCUGAAUAAAAUCCCACAUUAUCUGCUUUGAACUGGAAUAUAUGGCAGUGUGGACUCAGAUGACUCAGUUCAAAGCAGAUAUUGUGGGAUUUUCUGCCUUGACAUUCUGGGUUAUAUGGCUGUGUGGAAGAGCCCCUGGAGUGUAUGACAGAGGAAAUACCUUCCACUGUUAUCUCUUCAGUAUUUCUGGAAGCACACCCCUUCUCUGUUACUGAGAUGUCAUUUCAAACAGGAAUUAUUUUUUAAUGCUCUUUGUCACAUACCUUUAAUGAGGAAAAACUGUACAACCAAAUUACAUUUCUCCUUUCUUUUAUAUGGACAAAUAACACACACUUACAUUUGGUGUAAUUUCCAGAGAUUCUUUGGAUAUAUUUGCAAAUACUACAACAUUCCUCUUCCUGUUCAUGGUUAAUUAAAAGGCUUGCUGCCUUUUUACCUUCCUGGUCACUGGAGCAAUGCCAUUUGAAGCUACCUGAUCUCUCCAGAUGGGUUGAAUUACACUGACGCCAGUCAUAAUGCCAUCCUCUACAAUGAUUCAACUAGCAAUACGAGGUGCCUCAAUGAAAAUAUCUGCAGAGCAGACUGCGGGAUUUCUAGCUGGCCAACUAUUAUAAUGCAAAGAAAAUGUAUUUUGGCAUGUGAUAAUGGCUUCAUUGGAAGAGGUCCAAGAAUCCAAUUCCAGUCCUGGAGCCGCUGAAAUUGUCCCUGUCACAGAAGAUGUACUGCCAGGUUCUAAGUGCUGUUUUUUGUACAAAAGGUUUUUUUGCCUACAGCAAGCAAAAGUAGAUCCCAAUGAAAACGAAAACGAAAAUGAAAAUGAAGACAUCGGAACACCUCAGUGCCAUGUUUUAAUAGCUCUAAGGCUGCUUCCCCUCCUUGCUUUAUUGCUUACUGUAAUCAUCGCAGUUGCCAUUGGCCUGGGUGUUUACUUCAACUGCAGCAGGGGAUUUCGGUGCAGGUCAGCCUUUAAAUGUAUUGCUCAGACAGCAAGGUGUGAUGGUGUCUUCAACUGCAAAGAUGGAGAGGAUGAAUACAGAUGUGUCAGGUUGAGUGGCAAGAAGGGUGUGCUGCAGGUGUUCAGUUUUGGAAGCUGGAGGACUAUGUGUUCAGAUGACUGGAAGGACAACUAUGGGAGAGUUACAUGUAAAUACUUAGGUUUCUCAAGUUUUGUGAAUUGGGCUGACUUCCCAGUGGCUGCUGUUGAAGAUGAGUUUCAGAAGUAUUUUGUUACAGCAAGUCAUUGGUUAUCAGCUGAGCAGUUGACCUCGCCACAGAAUGCUACCAGCUUGCGAGAAGAGUGUGCUUCAGGCAAUGUGGUUGUCAUAAAAUGUUUGGUAUGCGGUACUAGAUCUGGCUAUUCACCACGAAUAGUUGGUGGAAAUGCUUCAUUGCCCCAGCAGUGGCCAUGGCAAGCCAGCCUUCAGUUUCAAGGAUAUCAUUUGUGUGGGGGAUCUGUCAUCACUUCCUGGUGGAUCCUCACAGCAGCUCACUGUGUCUAUGAUUUGUACUUGCCUAGAGCUUGGAGCGUACAUGUGGGUUUUGUAAUACUGGAAGAAAACUCCAUCAAUUCAUACCUAGUGGAUAAAAUAAUAUAUCAUAAGAAUUAUAGGCCUAAAACAAUGAAGAAUGAUGUAGCACUGAUUAAGCUGGCCAACCCACUUACACUAAAUGGUGUUAUAGAGCCAAUUUGUCUUCCUAAUUUUGGAGAACAUUUUCCGGAAGGCAAAAUGUGUUGGAUAUCAGGAUGGGGAACUGAAGAAGAAGGAGGAGAUACUUCAGAGAUUAUGAAUUAUGCUGGGGUCCCUUUGAUUUCAAACAAAGUUUGCAACCACAGAGAGGUUUAUGGAGGAAUUGUAGCUUCAUCAAUGCUCUGUGCAGGUUAUUUAAAGGGUGGCAUAGACUCCUGUCAGGGAGAUAGUGGGGGACCAUUGGUAUGUGAAGAUCGGAAUAUCUGGAAACUGGUGGGAACAACCAGUUUUGGAGUGGGCUGUGCAGAAGAAAAUAAACCAGGGGUUUACAGCCGCAUUACAUCCUUUCUUGACUGGAUACAUGAACAGAUGGAGGUUUACUUUUUGAUAGUUUCUUCUUAUGUGCCUAAUCUUGAUGUAUACAAUAUAGUACUGGGUUCUCUUCUCAUUUCCCUCCUCAAUGUUUCCCUCUAUUCUAUUGUACAACUUAGGAUGAGUAAAAACAAUUGCUUCAUUUUUAAAUUAGAAGUUAUGAAAAUUUGCAAUAUUUUUUAUAUUCAGUCUAGAAACAAUCUGUAAAAGGUAAAAAAGGGAGAAAAGAGCCAUCAGCAACUACAUGCAAGCCAGUUACAACAUAGGGUCCAUGCAGACAGGCCCAAUCCCUCCCCCCCCUCCCAACCUCCUGACGCAUGAUUUUGAUGCGCCAGGAGCCCUGGAUGGAGGAGCCUGAGAUGCAGACAGGCCCUACAGGUAAGUUUAAGGGCUAAAUGGGGGUGGUGGUGGCUGGAGCUGGCUGGUUGACUUGGGAGGGCAUGUAGCCACCCCCCACCCCCCGGAAAGCCUGGGGUUUGGGGUGGGUGUGGGGACUGAAUCCCGGGAUAAACUGGGAUUAAAUAUCCCUGUUCCAGAAUUUAGUCAUAUAUAAAAGGGCCCAUAGUCAUUUCCAUCCUAGGAAUAACUGUUGAAUUUGCUCAGAGUAGAUUGGUAAACACUUCACUUCACUUUGGUUCUGAUCUAUUUGAAAAUUUCCAAGUGUCCCCAUACUUGGAAGGGAACCUUGCUGUGGCGCAGCUGUUGAGCAGCUGCCUUAAAUCACUCUGACCAUGAGGUCAUGAGUUCGAGGCCAGCCCGUGGCAGGGUGAGCACCCGUCAAUUAAAAAUAAAAAAUAGCCCCUGCUCGUUGCUGACCUAGCAACCCGAAAGAUAGUUGCAUCUAUCAAGUAGGAGAUAAGGUACCACUUAUAAAGUGGGGAGGCAAGAUUAACUAAUUUACGACCUGGAAUGAGGAAGUGCCGUCAGUGUGGAUGAUGAAGCAGCUGCUCCCCCCUGUGGCCAGAAUCGAACAUCCCCUCAGAAGAAGGUUAACUUGCCUCUGCGUGUGUCUCUCAGUCUCUGUUUGAUGUGUUUAUGGGCAUUGAAUGUUUGCCCUAUGUGUGUUAUAAUGUGAUCCGCCCUGAGUCCCCUUCGGGGUGAGAAGGGCGGAAUAUAAAUACUGUAAAUAAAUAAAUAAAAUAAAUAAACCUGAUGUUGAAAACAUUUCAAGGAGGAGAUAUUUUAAAUCUCAAAAAAAGGAAAGUGGAUGCUAGUGCAAAGCAACCCUCACCUUUGACCUGUGCGGUGUGCUUUUGAAUGAAGUGCAGGGAAACAUUCUUGUUUCAUUUGUGUCUUGCACAACUCAGCAGCAAUUUCUGGAAUCUAGUGUUGAUAAAAGAAAACAAAACCUGAACAUUUCUUUCCUGUACAUAAAGGAGGGGAGGUUUAGCAAUCGGCAAUACAGUAUAUCAAGAUUUGUUCAGGGAUAUUGAGUACUAACACUGAAUUGAAUUUAAAUCUGAAAAGGGCAGCUCCACCUCCACCCAAAUUUGUAUUUGCUAAUAGAUAAGAUAGUAGAAAAUUGAAUAACAUUGGCUGGGCUGUGUUGAGACAUUUCCUGCUUGGUUUUGCACACUUUAUCAGGGCAAUGAUUUCUGAAGUAAGAGGAGCAUGCCUUUCAAAGACAGUAGCAACAAGUAUCUAUCAUGCAGACCUACAUCAAUGCUUUCAUUUCACAUUUAGAGUGAAAGCAAAGUAAUAUGAAACCCGAUCAUUUUAGAGGCCUGUUGAUAACUUUAAAGGACCCAGGCCUUCUGAGGCCACUUCAUAAGUUCCCUGACUUUACCUUCUUGGAGGACACAAUUGUGUAUUCCAGAGACAUUUUCAUAGCAGAUGCUGUUAAGGAUAGAAAGAAUAUGUAUAAUUUCUUCUUAGGUCAGAACACAAGGCCUUUCACCAUUAGUGGGAAACCUUACCAGAAAGAAUAAUAGAAAAGGAAGACUUUUUGCACAAUUUUCCACAGAAUUUGAAUACCUUAAGUGUUACAAGGGAAUACAGGUUUUUGUACACACAUAAAAAGUGUUUUGGUUCAGAGUCAUUAUUCUGCAGCAUUUUAAGAUGUUUGUAUACAUGGAGAAUACUGGGGAGGGGAUAACAUUGUCAAAUAUUUACACCCCUGACUUCUGUAUGUUUUUCUCAUAUAUUACAAAAUUAACUUAACCAAAGUGGAUGCCUAAUUCAAUGUGGAGAGAAACAACCAAUCAAUUGGCUGAUCUAUUGACUAAUCACUUUACUUGUAAUCCCACCAUUUCCCCAACACAGGGACUCAAAGGCCAGAACAGAUUUUGGUUAAAUUUUGUGUUCUUUUCAAACCAUAAAAUACUCCUUCCAAAGUCUAGAAUUUGCAUUUACUUUCACAGAUCAUCAUUUAAUUUUCUUCCAAUGAAGCAAAACUUCAGAGUCUUAAACAAUGUGUGUUUGAUUUUUCAUUUGCAGAGAGAACAAUGGGAGGGAAAAGGUUAGCAUCAUGACCUGGAAGGUUUGGAAAAGUUUUUAUAAAAACCAUCUUUUACCCUGGCGUCACUGGACUUGUUAACCGGGAAGAAGCUCCCAUCCUGAAAAAUGGCAUCCUGUGUCAUAAUGAAAAUAAAGUCCCUUUUUCACAAUUUCACCAAGGUACUAAAACAUCUGCUUGCCAAGGAUUGUCCUCUCUAACUUCAUCUGGUGAAUUGAGAUGGAAAUGAGGAUCCCAUAUGGUCUGGGAAGAUAAACACAAGGCAGAAGACAUGUUUACUGUCCAGGCUUGAUACCUUGGCAAAGGGAAACAGAUACAAAUAAAAAGCAGACAUCCCUAAGGCUUCAUGGAGGCAACUGAAUAUCUUCAAAACCUUAAAUUCAGUUUGGUAUUGUGAGUUUAGCUAACAAGAGCAAGAAUAUGCCCAAAUCACUUUGUUAGAUAAUGUUCUCUGAUUAAUUUUUGUCACAUUUUCUGCUUCAAAUAACACAAAUGUGCUUCUCUUUUCCUUUCACGUCUUAUUUUCAUCUCUUUGUCUUUUAGCAGACUGGUUGUUUCUUAGACAAUAUGGUUGGAAAUGAACAGGCAGUUUGAUUGGUUUUGAAAAUGACUUCAUCACAAAAUUCAGCAUAGCAAAACUGGUGAAUAAAGUUGUGUCCCUUUUCACUGGUUUUCCACCUGGGAUUUCAAAAUUAAAUUUGGUGCUUAGUAGACAUAAAGCAUGUUUUAAAUAAAUAUAUAUUUUUUAAAAAUG